CGUAUUUUGGUGACGAAGCACGUUCUAACUAGUGGGAAACCGAGUACGUUUCGGAAUCGGAUUUACUGCAAAAAUUCGAAAUGAUGGACUACGACAAUGGCGCAGCUAAUGCUCCCGUUAGCGGAAACCGGAAUGAAAAAUCUAAACGGUCGAAGCAUACUAAGAAAAGUUUGGCUAAAGAGUUGGCAACUGAAAAAGCAAGAACCAAUGAACUAAUGGAAAGGCUUUUAAAAUUGGAGGAAGAGAAUAAAUCGUUGCGUAAUAUUCGACAGAACAAUCAGCAAACGGAUGAUGAAGUAUAUGCAAGUAGCGUGGAGUUCAACAAGGAGCCCGGAGCUUCAAGCACUCAGCGUGCCGAACUUUUACCAUCGGGAAUAGGACAUACUUCUUCAGUAGCGGUCCCGGAAGAAACAAGGUUUGCUUCUUCCAUCAACCAGCUGGCCCUGUCUACAAUUGCUAUACCUGAGUGUAAAUCUCUCACGGAGGGUGAAGAAAUUGACAGGCAGACGUUCGACUUGUGGCUGGAAAUGUUAAAUAACUGUAUGCACUUGGCCGGAAUAGCGGAUGAAACAACCCAAUUCACUGUCAUGAAGGUUAAAGCAGGACCUCGACUUUUACAAAUAUAUAAGAACACACGAUCGGAUGAAAGUGCACCGGAUUAUUCCCUACAACCUUUUUCAAACGCGGUUCAUAGACUGAAGGCAUAUUUUGGUUCAAUGUCGGACGUUAUGCUACAACGACGUAAACUAUCGGCCAUGGUCCAAAAAUCGGAAGAGUCAGAUCUUGCCUUUGUGAAUAGAGUGGCAACCACUGCCCGACUGUGUGACUUUGAAGGUAGUAAGGAGUUCGAGGAAAUUAUACGAGCAGUAGCUGAACAUGCUACCUACAAACAAGUAAGAGUAGCAGCUUUGAAAAUACAGAAUAGGGGUGGAACUUAUACACAGCUGAUAGACAAAGUUCGAGAAAUACAGUCAAUUAGAUUGAAUGAGGAAAUAUUUGCGGCCUCCCAUAGGAACACAGAAUCAGCUGUGAUAGCUCCUGUAAGAGCAGGUUCCUCUACAGAGCCUCGCAGACACUUCGAACAAACAAGACAACGAGUUGAUAACCAUCAACUUCGCAACAAUCGUUCUAGACCCUAUUUUGUGGGACACAAACAAAACGAAGAGCGAUUUAAUCCAAGAGACCAUUUUCAACAAUUUGUACGGCCAAGACAAACAAACUUCGGUAGUGCCAGACGUCUUCAACCAAACGGAGGACAACGAUGGAAGACAAAUAAUAACCUGAGUCGCCCACAACCGGACUCAAAUUUCUCGCGUGAAGACUGGAGGUGUAGAAAUUGUAACAGCCCAUUCCACGAUGCUGUUAAAUGCCCGAAUACCAACCUGAAUUGUUGGAAUUGUGACAAGGUGGGUCAUAUACAGAGAGCUUGUCCUUUCCCGUUACGUAGUAAUUACGGAAGUCGUCAAUCUCCGCGAGCCCCGGAGGCUAAACCAAAUUUGGUGGCCAUAGUGGAUGCAGAAACAGAAAUUGUCAAAUCUGACGAUCAAAUAUCGAAUGGCCCAGAAAAUAUGUUUGGCAGUAUGGACCCGUUGGUACUGGCUACGAUCGGUAUUCUGGCGGACGAUGGAAUGGUUUCGGCUAAGGUAGCGGGCCUUUCUUGUAAUUUUCUUGUGGACUCGGGCGCUCAGGGUAAGAACGACAUAAGAUUGGUGAUAGACCUUCGAGGCCCCAAUCGAUACAUCCACAGGACACCAUUUUCUAUGCCAACGAUGGAAUCGAUACUUUCCGACCUGAAAGGCGCAAACUUGUUCUCAACGAUAGACCUUUCGAAUGCGUACUUUCAUGUGGAACUGGACGAAUCUUCCCGACACUUGACUAACUUCUUCACGGAAUUCGGCAUGUUCCGUUAUGUCCGCUUGCCAUUUGGGCUUUGCAACGCCCCGGACCUGUUCCAAGAAAUAUUACAGAGACAGAUUCUUGGUGGCUGUGAGGGUUUCAGAAAUUAUCUGGACGAUCUGAUCAUCUACGGCUCAACGAAAGAAGAACAUGACACUCGGUUAUCAGCUAUUUUGGCAAGGUUGCAGCAACAUAACGUGAAACUCAACAAUUCGAAGGUAGCCGGGGACGAAAAUAUUGCCGAUACGUUGUCUCGUUUGAUUGAAGGAUCACAAACGGCCAUACCAUUUGAUGAAGAUGACGAGGCCCACCUUCUUUACUCGCUAGACGCUGGAAUCAUGCAAUUAACAUGGGAGGACAUUGAAAAAGCUUCGGAAUCAGAUGCCGAAAUGCAUAGAAUCCAUCAAGCUCUGCGUACAAAUAAUUGGCCGAAAGAUCUAAGGAAGUUCGAAGCUCAGAAAAAGGCCUUGUAUGCUCUGGGCUUCUUACUUUUCAAAGGGGAUAGAGCAGUUUUGCCCCAAGUACUUCGAAGCAAAGCUUUGGCAUAUGCGCAUGGAGGCCAUGUGGGGGAAACAGCAAUGAAAAGGAUAAUGCGCGAGUAUUUUUGGUGGCCUGGUAUGUCACUGGACACAAUACGCUUCGUGAAGGACUGCGAGACCUGUGCGGUGUUAUCGAAAAGAAAUCGUCCCUUGCCAUUAUCUCCUAGGGAAAUGCCGGAAGGUCCUUGGGAAAUCGUGCAAAUCGAUUUCCUUGCGAUACCAGGAUGCGGUUCAGGAGAGUUCCUGAUUGCGGUUGAUACACACUCUCGUUACUUGUCAGUUAUAGAAAUGAAACACACCGACGCUGCUAGCACUAAUGCGGCUCUGUGCGAAAUAUUUAAACUGUGGGGCUGUCCUCUGAUCCUACAGAGCGAUAAUGGGCCACCAUUUCAAGGUUCUUCAUUCAUUGACUUUUGGGAGGCCAGAGGCGUACGCGUACGAAAAUCUAUACCCCUAAAUCCGCAAACGAAUGGACUUGUCGAAAGACAAAACCAGGGGUUGAUAAAAGCUCUGGCGGCUUCGAAAAUAGAUGGUACUAACUGGAGACAAGCGCUUCAAGAAUAUGUCCACAAGCACAACACUUUAGUGCCACACUCACGUCUCGGAGUCACCCCAUUCGAGCUGAUGGUGGGGUGGAAGUUUCGCGGCACGUUCCCAAGUUUAUGGAGCCACGAUGAUGGAGCGGUGAUUGAUAUCGAGGAAAUCCGCGAACGCGAUGCUGAAGCUAAAUUACGGGACAAGAAGUAUGCAGAUUCUGCUCGCGGUGCUGCAGAAUCAAAUAUUAGAGCUGGCGAUACGGUCCUAAUGGCUCAACCACGAAAAUCAAAAUUAGAUCCAACUUUCUCUAAAGAACGCUUCAAAGUAUUAGCACGAAACGGAGCAAAGGUCGUAAUUGCGAGUCAAGGUGGCAUCCAAUAUUGUCGCAAAGUUGAUGACGUGAAAAGAGCAUCAAUUACAGAUCCAGAGAUAAUAGAUGCGAGUAUGGAACACUUAGAUGAUACAGAAUCAGGUUUCACAGGAUUACAAGAGCAUCAAGACAUAAAUGCAGCAAAAGAUAAACUGGUCACGAGACGGCAGCAAGGGUGCGAAAUAAAACGUCCUUCAAGAUUUGAUGACAAUUUUGUUUACUGCGUAUACAAUUAGAGUAGAGCAGCAGGCGAAUGUGGUA